CGGCCGGCUACUUACAGCGGGGCCAGCUCCAGCUCCGGGGAGUCCUUGCGUGCGGAAAGGUUCGCUGCUGGCUGUUCCCAGUCAUGGCUUCGCGGUGUUGGCGCUGGUGGCGUUGGUCGGCGUGGUCUCGGCUCCGGCCGCCUCCCAGCAGGAGCACCCCGACCCCAGGCUUCUGCCAGCAGUUCUCCACACAAGAGAAGACCCCUCAGAUCUGUGUGAUAGGCAGUGGCCCAGCUGGCUUCUACACGGCCCAGCACUUGCUGAAGCACCACCCCCAGGCCCACGUAGACAUCUACGAGAAGCAGCUUGUGCCCUUCGGCCUGGUGCGCUUUGGUGUGGCACCUGACCACCCAGAAGUUAAGAACGUCAUCAACACGUUUACGCAGACAGCCCGCUCCGACCGCUGUGCCUUCCUAGGCAAUGUGGUGGUCGGCAGGGACGUAUCGGUGCCAGAGCUGCGAGAGGCCUACCAUGCCGUGGUACUGAGCUAUGGGGCUGAGGACCACCAGGCCCUGGGAAUUCCUGGUGAGGAGCUGCCUGGCGUGGUCUCAGCCCGGGCCUUUGUGGGCUGGUACAAUGGGCUCCCUGAGAACCAGAAGCUGACACCCGAUCUUAGCUGUGACACUGCAGUAAUUCUAGGGCACGGGAAUGUGGCUCUGGAUGUGGCCCGGAUCCUGCUGACUCCACCUGAACGCCUGGAGAAAACAGACAUCACAGAGACAGCUUUGGGGGUGCUGAGGCAGAGUCGGGUGAAGACAGUGUGGAUAGUGGGCCGGCGUGGACCCCUGCAAGUGGCCUUCACCAUUAAGGAGCUUCGGGAGAUGAUUCAGUUACCCGGGACCCGGCCCAUUUUGGAUCCUGCGGAUUUCUUGGGCCUUCAGGACAGAAUCAAGGAGGUCCCCCGACCAAGGAGGCGGCUGACAGAACUGCUGCUUCAAACGGCCGUGGAGAAGCCAGGGGUGGAGGAAGCUGCCCGCCGGGCACAGGCCUCCCGUGCCUGGGGCCUCCGCUUUUUCCGAAGCCCCCAGCAAGUGCUACCCUCAUCAGAUGGGCAACGGGCAGCAGGCAUCCGCCUGGCAAUUACCAGACUGGAAGGUGUUGGUGAGGCCAUCCGGGCGGUGCCCACAGGAGACAUUGAAGACCUCCCUUGUGGGCUUGUGCUGAGCAGUGUUGGGUAUAAGAGCCGUUCCAUUGACCCCAGUGUGCCCUUUGACCCCAAACGUGGGGUCAUUCCCAAUAUAGACGGCCGGGUUGUGGAUGUACCAGGCCUCUACUGCAGUGGCUGGGUGAAGAGGGGGCCCACAGGUGUCAUCGCCACGACCAUGACUGACAGCUUCCUCACGGGCCAGGUGCUACUGCAGGACCUGAAGGCUGGGUUGCUGCCCUCUGACCCCAGGCCUGGCUAUGCAGCCAUCCAGGCCCUGCUUAGCAGCCGAGGGGUCCGGCCAGUCUCUUUUUCAGACUGGGAGAAGCUGGAUGCUGAGGAGAUGUCUCGAGGCCAAGGAGCUGGGAAGCCCCGGGAGAAGCUGGUAGACCCACAGGAGAUGCUGCGGCUGCUGGGGCACUGAGCCCUGAUCCCAGCUUCUGCCAUGGACACGAAGAAUCCCAAAACUGGAAGAAGGGCCCGAGGCCUUUUGUGUGGACUCUGUCCGGGUGUUGCCUGGUCUGGCUUGGAAGCUGGACUGCAGCUCUUCCAGGGACCUCUGAAAGAUCUACCUUACAGUGUUCAGGACAAGGAGGGAACCUUAAGUCAAGGAGGUGUGAAGGUGCAGGCAGACCUUACUCCCUCCCUUCUCUUUCUUAAUGGACUUUGGAGGGUAACUAGGGUGGGGACAUGCUGAAAAUAAAACAGCUGUAACCAAGGGC